AUGAAAAUUAAAAAUUUUCUUCUAAAAAAAAGAAAUAAUCUUUCAACAUCCUUCUGUCUGGAGUCAGAAACGAAUGUAUUAAGAGAUCACAUUCCAAUUCAUACACUAAAAGAAAAUGACAAAAAAAAAGUAUUCUACAGUUAUAACCUCGUUGAUGGUUAUAAAUACAAAAUAAUUGUUAAAAAAGAAAAAUAUAAUUUAAAAAAUUAUAAAUUUAUAAUUUCCUCACUGGAUCAUCCAUAUAUCAUUAAGUUAAUUCACUGUUCUGAAUAUGCCUCUUCGUUUAUUAGUGUCUUUGAGUUCUUCUCAGACAUAAAUUUAUAUUCAUCUAUAACAUUUUCUGCUAAAUAUGAUGAAAAGAAGAUAAAGAACAUUAUACAUCAGAUCAUUCUAAUUAUCCACUACUUGCACUCAAACAAUUUAGUACACAAGCAGUUACUUCCCCAUAGUUUCCUUAUAAAAUCUGUGCACAAUGAUAUGAUGAUUAAAUUGGAAGACAUUCAUAAAAUUAAGACCCAACCUACGACAAUAAAUUCAAAAACUAGGAAUCAAAACAUCUAUAGCAUUGGACUAAUAAUGUAUUUUCUAGUGUGCCGCCAAUACCCAAUUUUCUAUAUAGAAAAUAAAGAAAGAAAAUUAUUUUUCUCCGAGGAAUGUUGGAAAAAUAUUUCACUCAAGGGGAGAAAUUUUGUGCAAAAAAUAUUGCUUAGCGAUAUCAGCUCCAUUAUAUCAAUGCGGGAUAUGCUAGAUCACGAUUGGUUUAAGGAGAAUGUCAAACAAAAUAUUUUCAUAAAUUUCGAUAUGCUAAGAAGCAUUUACAACUUUUGGAAAAAAAACGCGUUUAAAAGAUACAUACUGAAUAAUAUAUCCAAAUUUAUUGUGAAAGAAGAUAUAUAUAAAUAUAACUCUUUAUUCUUCUACUUUGACAUAAUGGAAGAAGGAUCAAUAAAAUAUUCUCAAUAUUUUGCAACAAUGAAGAAAUUAGGUCUUAUAGACUCUAAUAUAGAAGAAUCAUUUAACGGGUUGGACAUUUCAAAAAGUGGACAAAUACAAUUCAGCAAUAUAAUAGCUUGUCUUUUAAAUGGAUUUAUAAAAAUUGAUAAACGAAUGGUGUUAAAAUUUUUUAAAAAAGUAGAUUACGACAAUGAGGGAAUAAUAACAAAAAAAAAACUGUACAAGUUUUAUAACAUGAAAAUUAAGAACGAUAUUGUCUCUAACAACAAACGAAAAUUUACUUUUGAAGAAUUUUUUACCUAUAUUAGCACAGAAUAG